AUGCGUCAACGCGCUGUCAAGAGCGACGUCGAUGACGGCGAUCACGCAAACGAGAAUGUGGUCGCCCGCUCAGCGCGUCGUGUUUUGAAAAAUGUGGAUGUGUAUCCUAAGAUGCAUCGUGAAUUUAAAGUGCAAACAGAAGUUGGUGCCACAGUGUCCAUCGUAGCUGGCAUCAUCAUGAUCGCCCUCUUUUUAUCAGAGCUGAGCGCAUACUUGCGCGUCUACACUCACGAGCACAUGGUAGUAGACUCAACACUGGGCGAAAAGCUUCAAGUGAACCUAGAUGUGAGCUAUCUGGCAAUUAACUGCCAUGACGCACACAUCAACGCCAUGGAUGUGGCCGGGGAGUUGCAGGUUAAUAUGCAUCAAACGAUCAUCAAGACGCGACUAGACGCCAGAGGAAUCCCCAUCUCCACGACUACUGAGGAGCUUACCAAGACAGAGUUGCCGACUGAUUAUUGUGGUAGCUGCUAUGCAGCAAAGCAUCCGGCGGGCAAAGUGUGCUGCAAUACCUGUGACGAGGUGAAGGAGGCUUUUAUUCAUAGUGACCAGUCACUUGAAGAGGCUGAAAGUAAGGAACAGUGCGUGCGUGAAACCAUCGAGACUGAGAAACGAGCUCAAGAUGGCGAAGGGUGCCGCUUCACGGGUAAAAUGCUAGUAAAUCGUGUGGCUGGCAACUUUCACGUUGCGCUUGGACGCACGUUUCAUCGUCAGGGACGACUUGUGCACCAAUUUCGACCCGGCCAAGAGCAGUCCUACAAUUCAAGCCACAUAAUCCACAGUUUGUCAUUCGGUGAUCCCGUUCCUGGCGUCACUGGGCCUCUUGACGGUGUCUGGAAGACUGCUGAGCAAGCUGGUGGCGUUUUUCAGUACUACAUCAAGAUCGUCCCGACAAUUUAUAGCGACAAAAUCAACGAAAAUGCCUUUCAUUCGUACCAGUUUUCUGUGACCCAGCAGAGCAAUUAUUUCGAUCCGUUUGGGCAGAUGACGUCACUUCCAGGAACAUUUUUUGUGUUUGAAAUCUCUCCAUUUAUGGUUAAGGUUGAAAAUGAUCGAGUUCCGCUCACUCACUUUUUGACCAAAAUAUGCGCAAUAAUUGGCGGCGUGAUCUCGAUCGCUGGAUUUGUAGACUCGUUCAUGUACAACUCGCUUCAUGUUCGCCGUCAAUCGACAAUCGGCGGAGAGACUGUACGCAAUGCUGCCGAACGAUUGCGGAACCUUUUGCGCGCUGCCCGAUACCCACAGCUAAGUGCUUUACGUCUUGAAAAUGGAGAUGUGUCGGAUCUAUUGCGCGUGUUGCACUAUGUGCUUCUAGACUCAUCGCUACUUGUGGCUCAAUUCCUAGUCGACCGAGGUUACGAUUUGUACGGCAAAACAGACGUGCGCUUUGUGGAGAGCGCUUUUCGCUUAUUACGCGAUGAAUUUUUGUGUUUUCCAGCGCUAAGCGUUAAUCAAUUUCUGUCUCGGCAAUUUGUGGCUCGAAGAAUCUCCAUUGUGGCGGAAGCAGCGGCAGCAGUGGCGAAAAAACAUCACGAGCUGCAGAUGCAGAAACGCAGUGAGGAGGCUGUGUGGUCUCUGGCCCAAACUCAAGACAGAAUGCGCAAUAUAAAGCCCAGGGUAGAAAAUCAUGCGCUUCCCGCGUCGAUAUCCAACCACGCCGCCAGUAUCCUGCAGCAUUUGAAGUUGCAGCCUCAAAAUUUUCCAAAAACUCAAAUACCGCCGGUGCAGAUUCAACAAAUUGAACAGGUGCCGCCAGCACCAAUUAUUUCAGGAUUGCAGGUGGCAGUGCAAUCCGCGAGCGACAAAAUAACUGAAGAGGUACAUGAUAGCAGAAAAGCAUCAACGACAUGCAGUUGCGCUGAAAAUACCGACACAGUGAUCACGGCAAUUGCUGAUCUUGCUCGUCUAGUCAGCGAAAUCACAGGCGCUCUAACGAACAAAUUAUCUAAUGUUGAAGAUCGUUUAGGUCGCAUAGAAGACCAACUGCAUGGUAUACAAGCAGCGGUGACUGAGCAGCAAUCAUUAGUACAAAAAUUGGACUUACAUCCCAAUCGAGGAGGAGAUGACACAGCGAGUCCUUGCGAUGAUAAGUUGCCGGGAGUUCACAAGUAUUGCAAUCCAGAACAUCGAUGUCCUGGUCUGAUCCCAAUUUGUAAGACAGACACUUCCAGUGCGGGCGCAUCAAGUAAGUGUGUGCAGAUCGAGGCGGUAACAAUAUAG